AUGGGGGCGAGGCUCAGGGCGCGAGGACCGAGCCGGGCGGCGGGUUCGCGAGCCCGGGGGGGAGGGGCCGGGGCGGUGGCGGCGGCGGAGGAGACCGAGGAGGUGGCGGCGGCGGGGGUCGGUACCGGACCCGGCGGGAUGAGCGAGGCGGAGGCGGCAGCGGUGGCGACAGCGGCAGGGAUGGUAGCGGUGGUGGUACCGGUGUCCGCGGGGGAGCCACAGAAAGCAGGCGGCGGGGCGGGCGGCGGCGGGGUCGGAGCCGCCUCGGGCCCCGCUGCCGGGAUCCCCUAGGCGCCGGGUCGCCGCACCCCUGGCAACCCGGCGACCGCAGCGUCAGGGACCCCCGCGCCCCCGGCCCGGAAUCAGGUGGACCAGCCGGUGCUGGCAAUCCAAGUCCUGGGCACUGUCAAAUGGUUCAACGUCCGGAAUGGUUACGGAUUCAUCAACAGGAAUGACACCAAGGAGGAUGUCUUUGUUUACCAGACGGCCAUUAAAAGAAACAACCCCAGGAAGUUCCUGCGCAGCGUCGGAGACGGGGAGACAGCGGAGUUCGAUGUCGUGGAGGCAAAGAAGGGUGCAGAAGCUGCUAACGUAACUGGGCCGGGGGGCGUGCGGGUGAAGGGCAGCCGCUAUGCCCCCAAUCGACGCAGGUUCCGCAGGUUCAUCCCGCGGCCUCGUCCAGCUGCCCCGCCACCCAUGGUGGCAGAAGCUCCAUCAGGCGGGACUGAACCGGGCAGCGAAGGGGAGCGGGACGAGGACUCUGGGCAGAGGCCCAGGCGGCGGCGCCCACCUCCCUUCUUCUACCAACGGCGCUUUGUGCGAGGCCCUCGGCUCCCCAGCCAGCAUCAGCCUAUAGACCCCAAAGAGACAGCCCCAUUGGAGGGGGAUCAACAGGGAGAUGAGCGUAUCCCCCCUCCCAGAUUCCGGCCUCGGUACCGAAGGCCUUUCUGCCCCAGGCCACCCCCGCAGCCUACCACAGAAGGUGGGGAUGGCGAGACCAAGCCCAGCCAAGGCCUCACUGAUGGGUCCCGGCCUGAGCCUCAGCGCCCACGUAACCGCCCCUCUUUUCAGCGGCGGCGGCAGCAGCCCCCCGGAUCCAGGCAGCCCACAGCCCCGGAGACCUCGGCCCCCAUCAACAGUGGGGACCCCCCACCACAUACUGGAGUGACUCCAACACGAAGGACCCCCAGAGCUACCAUCUGGUUGUCUGCCAGUUUUUCCAGCUGCCCUGUACCCCACCCAGCACCCCCUCUCCCCUUCCCAUGA